AUGGUGGAGGGGGCGGCGGGGGGGGGGGAGGGGGGAUUCCCAAAAUCAGAACAGAUUAGAAAGGUGUAUGGAGAUAUCGAGUAUUGCAGCAUUAUUAAGAAUAAAGUCACUGGAGAAAGUAAAGGUUUGGGCUACGUACGAUACUUAAAACCAUCACAAGCUGCCCAAGCAAUAGAAAACUGUGAUCGAAGUUUUAGAGCAAUCUUGGCUGAACCUAAAAAUAAAGCCUCUGAAUCCUCUGAACAAGAUUAUUAUAGUAAUAUGAGGCAAGAGGCUUUGGGACAUGAACCUAGAGUAAAUAUGUUUCCAUUUGAACAAUCUGAAUUUUCAAGUGUUGACAAGAAUGACAGCCGAGGCCAGGAAGCAAUCUCCAAACGCUUGUCAGUUGUAUCAAGAGUUCCUUUCACUGAAGAACAGCUUUUCAGCAUUUUUGAUAUAAUACCAGGAUUGGGAUAUUGUGAAGUUCAACGAGAUCCUUAUUCAAAUUAUGGUCAUGGAGUGGUUCAGUAUUUUAAUGUAGCAUCAGCUAUUUAUGCAAAAUACAAAUUACAUGGAUUUCAGUACCCUCUUGGGAAUCGAAUAGGUGUUUCCUUCACUGAUGAUGGAAGUAAUGCAACAGAUCUCCUUAGAAAAAUGGCAACACAGAUGGUAGCUGCACGGCUUGCAUCAGUGGUGUGGAAUAACCCAAGUCAGCAACAAUUUAUGCAAUUUGGAGGAAGCUCUGGAUCACAGUUGCCUCAAAUCCAGACAGAUGUUGUACUUCCAUCAUGCAAAAAAAAGGCCCCUCCUGAAACUCCUGUGAAAGAAAGACUUUUUAUUGUGUUUAAUCCUCAUCCUUUACCUUUAGACGUGUUAGAAGAUAUAUUCUGCCGCUUUGGUAACCUGAUCGAAGUUUACCUUGUGUCAGGAAAAAAUGUGGGGUAUGCCAAGUAUGCUGAUAGAGUAAGUGCGAAUGAUGCCAUUGCCACUCUACAUGGUAAGAUUCUGAACGGGGUGAGACUUAAAGUUAUGCUGGCAGAUUCGCCAAGAGAAGAAUCUAACAAACGGCAAAGAACUUACUGAUUCUUGAGGUUCGAUAAAAUACUGUGGAAGACUUUCCCAAAUUUUAUAUAGUUGUGACAAGUUUUUUUGGGUAGGUGCACCUUUUUAUUUGUUUCAUUAAUUUUUAAGAGGCUACAGACACAGCUCAUGAAGGCUAGUUUAUUUCGUCUCUGAGGUAUGGGCCUGGUAUUGAGUGAGUCAUGCCUAGGAAAUAGAAGAACUGAUCUUAGGAUAUAACUUUGAAAGUAGUUGAGUUCUAUUUCAAGAUAGGUCUGAUAACCACAAUGUAAUUGUCUAUUUGAGGAAAAUAGAAAUUUUAGUAUUUCAGAGCAUUGGAUUUUUUAUUAAUUCACAACAUUUUCCCUCUAGAAAUUCAGUACCUGCAUCAUGCUUCUGAGUAAGUUUGGUUUUAUUUGGGGGUGGCUCUGAUUAAGCAGAUAACAUUGGGUAUAUUGAAAUAAAGGAACAAUUCCUAAAAUUUUAGGAAUACUACAACAGCUGUUUCCUUUCAGGUGAUGAUUUUCAUACUUGUGUUGUGUUCUUUCUACAGAACAAAGACUAAAUAAUGACAUAAUCCUCAGCUGACUGACUGAAAAUGUGACUGGACGCAUUCCCUGUGGACAGUUGACAGCUUUUUUUUUUCAUAUACCCGAUAGUCUGUGUACAGCAUUGUUUUGUCUGGGAAGCAGGGAUUGCUGACAUGUAUUUUUGAAUCCAUACAUUAAUGCUAAAAUGAACAUAGUAGUUGUUCCUUAGAGCAAUAUGUUGUUACGUAUAGCAGAAAUAAAGUUUUCUUUGCUUAACUAAA